AUGGAAGUGACUGAAUUUAUCUUUAAAGAGAGAGAGGAGGCUCUUCUUGUGGGAGACUACAAUGCCUACCGGGCGCACACCACCAGAAAACUACAGAAACUCCGCAAGAAGCUUGGUCAGGCCACUGUCAAAGGCCGUAAGUAUACUGCCAAACCAGCUGUGACUGCUGAAAAUAUUGGAAGCAAUGUGUCAUAUGUCCACCUUUUGCUUCUUAGUUCCGAACGAGCUUGGGCGCAAGCAAUGCACAUGAAGUCCACACAUUCCGCUGAUCCUUCCGCAAAGGGGAUCUCUGGCGCUGCUCGGCGCCACGUUAUUUCUCGACUAAACAAGGCCACUGGGUAUGCGCAGCAUCUAGUCUCGCUGCUCCACGAACAAGCGCUUUCUGGGGCGAGUGAUGUGGAUGUCCUGGAGACUCGAGCUUAUUUAGCGAUGAUUUCCGGCGCUAUGUGGCUUGAAAAGCGGAAAUGGGAACAGUGUCUCCGGGACUACUCUCUUGCGAGAGUGAUUUACACGGCUUUGGGUCAAAGGGUAAAGAAAGACGCCUUUCGGGACCUGCUCUCGGGGACUGUUGACCCAAGUCUCCGAUACGCGGCUUAUCAGAUGAAGCUCCCCCGCUCCAAGCCUACCUCAUCGUUGGCCAUUGAAUUCUUCCCAUUGGAUUCGGAGAUUCGCGCCGAAGUUGAGAAAGUCGACCCCUCUUGUCUUGCUGAAGAAGCAGCUGGUACUCGACGGACUGCAGAGGGAGAGGUGCAGGAAUUGCCUCAGUCUGUCACUUGGAGGUCACGAACUGUCCCACUGGACGAUGCCUCGAUCUCUCAAUCGUUAGCUGCUGCUUCAGCCGCGGAGGCUCGCCUCACCACCUGGCUGGCAGACGCAGGAAAGUCUGCUGCUGCCAAGGAGAAAGCCGCUGCAUAUGAUAACGUGAUUAUUGCUAGUCAGGAUGCUGUUGAUGCUACGAAAUCUGCCAUUGAUGAUUUGGCCAGUGAGGGCGUUGAUCCUAGUGACAAGAGAAUGCAGGCAUUGCAAAUCACUCGAACUGCAGUGAAUUACACUUUGAUUGGCUGGCGAGUCGGUCGUAACCGGGUAUUGUGUGGAGAAAAGGACGGUUUGUCAUUUGAGGAGCAGCAACCCACGGGUGGAAAGGAGACUGCAAAGCACAGCACAGGAAAUGGCAAGAAGUUGAACAAGCUUCGCGAGCGUGUCGUUCUGUAUGAUUCGACACUCCAGAGCUUGGAAUUUAUUCUUGAGCUUCCAGGUGUUGCGGCCGACUCGGCCUUUGUGCAGGAUGUGGAGGCAAAACGGCACUACUUCCGUGCUCUCAGGUGUCUUGCGUUAGGAAGAUCUCAUGCAGUUCUUUCUAAAUCAAAGGAGGCUCUUGCACUAUUUUCUCAGGCCCUGAACCUCGCCGCUUCUGCCUCUCCCCAGUCAGCAGCAGAUGUUGAAGGUGUCCCAAAGCUGGAUGUUUCCCAGGUGCAAACAAGUACCCUGCAGUCAACUUUACGAGAUUUGGUUGCACGUUAUCGUGGACUUGUCACUCUAGAGAAGUUGACUGCCGAAGAGGCGUCACAGUCGAGCCAGCGGCCAGUGGUAGAACGACUACAACAUUUCGCAGGAUCCGGACUGGACCUCAAUAAUUUGGUGCCGUAUCCACCUCAAAUGCAGCCCAUUCCUGUCAAGCCCUUGUUCCUUGAUGUGGCAUGGAACUACAUUGAUUACCCUCGGGAAGGUCAGCAACAGGCUCCAACUCACCCUCAAGCCCAAGCUCAGGCCCCCGAAGAAGAAACGAAACGUCGCGGAUGGUUUGGUUUUGGUGGUCGUUGA